AUGAGAUUGGUUGUGCUUGCCCUGACUCUGGCCCUUGUGGCCCCUGAAUUUGCUGUCGGUAAGACCUACGUGUACAAAUAUGAGACACUGCUCCUUGGCGGUCUGCCGGAGGAAGGAUUGGCGAGAGCUGGACUCAAAGUGAGAAGCAAAGUUCUGAUCAGCGCCAUUGAACAGAACGUGUUCAUGCUUAAGCUGGAAGAACCUGAGUUCUUCGAGUACAGUGAUGUUUGGCCCAAGGAUGCUUUCACCCCGGCCCCCAAGUUGACUUCGGUCCUGGCGCCUCAGCUGAUGAUCCCCAUCAAGUUUGAGUACUCCAAUGGGGUUGUCGGAAAAAUGUUUGCACCUGAGGGAGUCCCGGUUAUGGUGCUGAACAUCUACAGAGGUAUCCUGAAUGUCCUGCAGCUCAACGUAAAGAAGACACAGAAUGUCUAUGAGAUGCAGGAGGCUGGAGCUCAGGGUGUGUGCAAGACCUUCUAUGCCAUCACUGAAGAUGAGAAGGCUGAACGUAUCCUCCUGACAAAGACCAGAGAUCUGAACCACUGUCAGGAAAGGAUAAUGAAGGACAUCGGGUUGGCCUACACUGAGACAUGUGUCAAGUGUCAGCGGGAUUCUAAGAACCUGAAGGGUGCAACGUCAUACAACUACGUUCUGAAGUCAGUUCCCAAUGGUAUCAUGAUCUUGGAAGCAUCCGUUGAUGAGCUCAUUCAGUUCACACCUUUCACCGAUAUGAACGGAGCUGCGCAAAUGCAGACCAAGCAACGUUUGGCUUUCGUCGAGGUCCAGAACAGCCCCUUAAAGCCCGUGCGAGCUGAGUAUCGUCCACGUGGAUCCCUCAAGUAUGAAUUCUCCACCGAGCUGCUGCAAACACCUAUUCAGCUUGUGAAGAUCACAAACAUUCAGUCUCAGGUUGUUGAGAUUCUAAAUCAUCUGAUUACCAACAACGUGGAACGAGUUCAUGAGGAUGCCCCUAUUAAGUUUUUGGAGCUCAUUCAAAUCCUUCGUAUGGCCAAAAUUGAGGAUGUGCAAAUGCUCUGGAGUCAGUACAAGAAUAAACCUGCCUACAGGCAAUGGAUCUUGGAUGCAAUUCCCUCUGUUGGAACGCCUGUUGUUCUGAGAUUCAUCAUUCAGAAAUAUGAGUCCGACGAACUCACCAAUCUUGAGAUUCCUCAAGCUCUGAUUGCAACAGUUUACACGGCGACAGCCAACACUGAGACCGUUCAGAUGAUUGAAAACUUAUCAGUGAGCAGCAAAAUAAAGAGGAACCCAGUUCUGGCUGAGAUUGUCUUGCUUGGCUAUGGUACAAUGAUUUCUAAAUAUUGUGUCGACAAGCCCGUCUGUCCUGUUGAACUCGUUAAGCCCAUCCACACCCUUCUUACGGAAGCAAUCACCAAGAGCGACAUACGUCAGAUCAUUUCCAUUUUGAAGGUGUUGAGUAACGCUGGCCAUCCAAUGAGCAUUAAGCCGAUCACCAAGGUUCUUCCCAUCCAUGGCACACCAGCGAGAAGCCUGCCCACCAGAGUUCACGCUGAGGCAAUCAUGGCUUUGAGAAACAUUGCCAAGAAGGAGCCAAGAAUGGUUCAGGAAUUGGCUCUUCAGCUCUACAUGGACAAGACUCUCCACCCUGAGCUUCGUAUGCUUGCGUGCAUUGUUAUCUUUGAGACACGCCCGCCAGUGGGUUUGAUUACAAGUCUUGCCAACCUUGUGAAGAUGGAGGAGAACUUGCAGGUGGCCAGCUUCACCUACUCUCACAUGAAGUCCCUGACCAGAAGCACUGUUCCCACCCAUGCUUCCAUUGCCGCUGCUUGUAACGUUGCAGUCAAAAUCUUGAGCCGCAAAUUGGAAAGACUGAGCCUCCGCUUCAGCAGAGCUAUUCAGAUGGACGUAUAUAGCAAUCCCUUGAUGCUUGGUGCUACUGCUAGUACUUUCUACAUCAAUGAUGCUGCUACCAUUUUGCCAAGAACCAUCGUGGCUAAGACAAGUGCCUACAUUGCUGGGGCUGCUGCCGAUGUCUUGGAGGUUGGAGUGAGAACUGAGGGACUUCAGGAGGCUUUGAUGAAAAGCGAUGUACUAGCUGAUGAUGUGAACAGGAUAACCAAGAUGAAGCGUGUCAUUAAAGCUCUGUCUGAAUGGAGGGCCAUGCCCAACAGCAAACCUCUGGCCUCUGUCUAUGUUAGGAUCUUUGGACAAGAGGUUGCUUUUGCUGACAUCAACCCGGGGUUGAUCAACCAGGCCAUUGCGAUGGCCAGUGUGUCAACUGUUCAGGAGCUUGGUAGGGAUGCUCUCAGAUCUCUGAUUGCUGGAGUCACUUUCCAUGUUGCUAAGCCAGUCCUGGCAAAUGAAGUAAGACGCAUCAUGCCAACGGCUGCUGGAUUCCCAAUGGAGCUUGGUCUCUACACUGCUGCUGUAACUAAUGCAGUUGUUAAAGUCAAGGCAACCAUGACUCCAGCUCUGCCAGAGCCCAUCCAGUUCCGCCAUCUCCUGAAGACCAACAUGGAGCUUGUGGCUGACAUCAAACCAAGUGUUGCUGUGAACAUGUUUGCCGUGAUGGGAGUGAACACUCCAGUUCUUCAGGCUGCCCUGUUCUCAAAAGCCAAGCUCAACUCUGAUGUCCCAGCCUCCAUUACAGCAAGACUUGACAUCAAUGAGGGUCUCUUCAAGAUUGCGGCUUUACCUGUUUCUGUACCUGAAAACGUCACCGCUAUUGAGGUAGUUAGUGUUGCGCUGGUGAGAAACAUUGAAGACCUUCCUAAUGCCAAAAUCACCCCCCUCAUCCCUACCAAACUCAUGAAGCCAACUUCAAAGCAGAUCCUAGCCUCAAAAACCUCCUCUCGUUCUGCUAGUCUGCCCAUAUCUUCAGAGAUCAUUCAGGAUGAUAUGCCAACAGAUUUUAAACCCAUCAGAAGCAGAUCAUUUUCUAAAAAAUACUGUUUCCAAGCUUACGGCGUUGGACUGAGAGGCUGUUUCAGGGUUGCCACAGACAGCGCUGCUUUUAUUAGAGACGUUGCUUUGUACAGAAUGGUUGGAAGUCACUCUGUCUCUUUGUCGUUGAAACGAAAUGAAGAGGAAUCCAUUGAAAGACUGGAGAUGUUGGUUCAAGUUGGACCAAAGGCAGUGGAGAAGAUUAUCAAGAAGAUCACUCUGGAAGAAGAUGACGUCAUCGAGGGAAGGCCAGUCUUGAUGAAGCUCAAGAAACUUCUCAACAGCACUUCCUCAUCUUCAAGCAAGUCAUCCUCAUCUUCAGUCAGCAGCAGUCGCAGCAGCCGUAGCAGCAGCAGCCACAGCAGCGUCCGCGCUAGCAAACGCAGCAGCAGUAGCAGCAGCAGCAGUAGCAGCAGCAGCAGCAGCAGAAGCGGUAGCAGCAGGAGCAGCAGCAGCAUACGCAGCAGCAAGCGCAGCAGCAGCAGCAUCAGCAAGCGCAGCAGCAGCAGCAGCAGCAGCAGGAGCAGCAAACGUAGCAGCAGACACAGUGCACUUGCCAAAUCCAGCUCUGCAUCUAGUUUGGAAUCUCUCUUCAGCGCCAGCUCUCGUUCUUCUCGUUCCAGUCGUCGUGUCUCAAAGCAAAUUAACUACGUGCGCACUUUUGAGAGGAACCACAAGAAGUCUCAAGCUACCUCAUCGUCUCGCAAGAGCAGAAGCAGCGGUGCAAGUUUUGAGGCCAUCUACAGCAAGAACGUACUCCUUGCUAGUCAAAGUGCUCCUGCCUUUACUGUCAUCCUACAAGCUGUGAGAACCGACGGCAAACUCCAGGGAUACCAAAUCACUGGCUACGCAGACAAGACUAAUGCUCGAGUUCAGCUAAUCCUGGCUGUUCUGGCUAGUGAUAACAACUGGAGGCUCUGUGCUGAUGGAGUUUUGCUCAGCAAGCACAAAGUCACAGCCAAAAUAGCUUGGGGACAGGCAUGCAAACAGUAUGGCAUGAACAUCACCGCAGAGACUGGUCUCCUAGGUCCAAGCCCAGCAGCUCGCCUUAGAAUGGCAUGGACUCGACUACCAGUUGAAUUCAAACGCUACGCAAAGAAGGCCUAUGAAUACAUUCCUACUUACGUGCUGGACAGGUUCAUCCGAGGGAAGGCUGCCAACAGUGCCAAUCAGUUGUCAUUCACAGUGGCUGCAACAUCUGAGAGGACCUUGGAUUUGAUUUUCAAGACACCAACACGCAGUAUCUACAAACUGGCUUUGCGCGUACCCCUUGCCAUGCCACUUGAUGCGAUAUCAGGACUCACACCUUUCGAUGACGUGGCUGAUAAAAUCCGUUACUUCAUCUCCAAGGCUGGCGCAGCUGAAUGUAGCUUCAGCAAAGACACAUUGACCACGUUCAACAACAGGAAGUACAAGAACGAAAUCCCUCAGAAUUGCUACCAAGUUCUGGCUCAGGACAGCAGUGAAGAGAUGAAGUUCAUGGUCUUGAUGAGGAAGGAUGAUAAUGUGCACAGUCAUCUCAACGUUAAAGUUGCUGACAUUGAUAUCGACCUAUCCACGAGGGGCAACGAUGUAGUUGUGAAGGUGAACGGACGGGAGGUGCCCACCAGCAAUCUGCCAUAUCGUCACCCAUCAGUUAAAAUUGAGAUCAAACCAAAUCAAGAUGGCAUCUCUGUCUACGCACCAAACCUGGGACUUCAUGAAGUGUAUUAUGACAGCAGUUCUUGGAAGAUUAAAGUUGCAGACUGGAUUAAGGGACAGACCUGUGGACUCUGUGGAAAGGCUGAUGGUGAGAUAAGACAGGAAUUCCGUACUUCCAACGGACGUGUGACUAAGAACCCCAUUAGCUUUGCUCAUUCCUGGGUUCUGCCUGCUGAAAACUGCCGGGACAACACGGAGUGUCGCUUGAAGCUGGAGUCAGUGCCGCUAGAGAAGCAGAUGAACAUUCAAGGCACGGAGUCCAAGUGUUUCUCUGUUGAGCCUGUGCUGCGCUGUCUGCCUGGCUGUCUCCCCGUGAAGACCACCCCCGUCACCAUUGGUUUCCACUGUCAGGCCAUCGACACUGCUGUGAUUCCCAAGGACUUCUACAACUUCAGCGUGGAUCUGAGGGAAACCACCCAAGCCCAUCUCGCUUGCAGCUGCACUGCUCAGUGUGCAUAACAACAUUUACCCUGUCA